AUGGGGAUGUAUCAGUUGAAUGGGAGACUCUCUAAGGUAAUCUUAUGAUUAUGGUUAAACAUUGCUUAUAUACGCAUCAACUUACCGACAACUCGUAGGAUCCAUUAUUGAGCAAUAUUUCCGCAGUGGAUAUGGAUCCUGGCGGACUUCCCAAUUCAAGAUGCAUAAAUUCUGGUGUACCGCCCGUUUGGAGAAUCUUAAUGAAAGGAAUACUUAGACCACUACAGCCGCUCUUGAAAUAUCUAAUUCCGACAUUGCCCAAUACCAAGGGUGCAGCUGUUGAUCUGAUUGAGAUUGCAAUUGGGAAACAGUAUCGUGGGUCAAGUGGCUACUUUGUUAUUGUGAAUAAGGAUGAAAGUUCACCAGAGAGUCGGGAUGAAGAGAUGCACUUGGAGUUGUGGAGGAAGAGUGUGAAUUGGAUUAAAAUUAUUGAGGAUCAAACUUCGCUGAAAGAAGCGUUUGUGUAUACCCGAUCAGGACAAUAUGCAGUCAAAGAUCACUAG